CACUGGUGAGACGUGGACUAUAAUUUUGCAACGCUAUGGGGCAACAACAGCGGAUACAGAAUUUGUUGAGCUCGUUUGUGAUAGGUCCUAUAUCACAUUGGCCAACUUAGUUUUACUAAAAACAAAGUUGGGGUACAGUAUGCGGGACUUCAUGUACUAUCUGAAGCGAUGUGGCAACGACUCAGCAAGCCUCAUCUUGCUUGAUUAUGACCACCAAACAGAAUCUAUGAUGGCUGCCAAUGAGGUUGAGAGGAAACUCAGACUAUUGAUAUCAACAGAGCAACUGUCCGAAUUAAUGAAGUCUAUAACGCCCAUGAAGCGACCAAGGGGGACAACUACAAAAAGUCGUAUAGAUGUACCUACUGCAGAAGAACCAAUUGAUGCAUACAAGGAAUGGCUUGAAAUCCUGCAACAAGAGCAACCUGAAACGGAAUUUAGAGAUGAUUACAGGGACGAAACCAUCGAGACAUAUAAAGAAUGGUUGAGGCGUAAAGGCUAUCUUAGAGACAUCUAUGCAUAUGCACAAGAUGAUGAUGCCAAUGACAAUGUUCGAGUUGCUGCUGAUGAACACCAUACACAUAGCCCGUCACCAAAAAAAGAAUGGCCAUCUCAUGCAAGGCGUAGAUCAAGAAAAGGGACAGGUGCAAAUGAAGGUUGUAAAAAAAGGGCGUGGUACCCUCAAGGGUUUAUCAGCAGCCAUAAAGAGAAUAAAGAGUGGCUCCCAGAAACUAAAAAUUGAUUUUUCAUCAAGCCUGGGAGGCCCCAUAGGGCCUAACUAUCGUGCAUUUGUGGAUGAAGUAGUGCUAUUUACGAGAAAAAGGGCUCCGCUUAUUGGAGUGAAAGUUUGGAAAGACAUAGAUGAAAAUGUGAAAAAUUCUAUAGCACUCGAUGUAAUGAAUCGGUGGGAGGUUGAAAACACUGAGGAUGGUAAAGAAAAAAUAUGGGCUGCGGCCAAGGAGCAGUACAAAGGAUGGCGCUCAACAUUCAGUGCGACUUACAAGGCAUACGACAGUUAUGAUGAAAGAAUGAAGAACAAGCCUGACGACUUGGACCUUAAGGUAAGCAACAGGAACACUAACAACCGUGAGCAAAAAAGGACCAAUCAUUGCACAGGAUCCAAACCAUUCUCCAAACUUAGCGAUGAGCAGAGAGAUCCCGGAACAGGUGAAGAACCAACUGAUGUUGACCUUUGGAGGAUUACACACGUGAGGAAUGGAGUAUGGUCUGAUGAAGCUUCUCAGGCUGUCUAUGAGAAUGCAGUCGUCAAAAUUGCAGAAAAGUGUGAAGAAAAAGACACUAUUAUAUCAAAUUCAGAAGAAAAUAUUAUUUUCCAAGCAACCUACAAGGAAAGCACAGGAUGCAAAACAUCCACUGUUCAUGGUCAUGGGUACAUGUCUACACGUCCAACAGAGAGGGCAUCAAUGAAGGAUCAACUCGAAGAACAAGCCCGUGCUACAGUUGCAGCCAACCAGAAAAAUCAAGAGCUACAAGAACAUAUUGAGAAGCUAAAUGACAAACUUGAAAACCAAGAAGCUGAGAGUGAAAGGAAAUUAGAAGAAAAGUUGCAGCAGUUCAAAGAGGAAGAGAGUAGGAAAAUCCAAGCACUUAGGGAUGAAUUCAUGGCAGCACUUCAAGAAAAUACACAAACCACGUUAGCUCAGCCUGCACCAAAUAACUCAAACAUCCAACAUGAAGCUACACCACCUAUUGACAAAAGAGCUGCCACUACUCCAGAUUCUAAUGCAACUGAAGCUGCAUCAGUUCAGACUACACCAAAAAGUGCAUCCAUCCCAGAGGCAGCAAAGCAAGUGGAGAUACAUGCAACGAAAAUACCAUCCUCUAAGGCCAAGAGAAGUCUUUCUCAAACCAACAAGAAUUAUAUUAGUUCACAUAACUUGAUGAAUGCUGCUGUGAAACGUAUACGGACUAGAAGCCAGCAGGAUAUUUGAACUUGCUAAAUGGAUCAAUCGCACACUGAUGCCUUCCAUGAUCAACACAAAGAUAGUCUGCAUCAAUGUCAAACAAUGUUUCUUGGAUCCUACAUAAGAUAGAUGUAGUUGUGUUGUUGACCCAACAGUAGCUAGCUAGCUAUCUAUGAACUAUUCUCAAUUCUGAAAUUGUACUGCAAUUUGGCACUUGGCAUUUUAUUAUCUACUCAUUGGCAGAGUUAAUGUUGGAUUCCUUUCAGUUUCAUGUUGAUUUGAAACGUGAUUUUGGGUAUUUAUCAUUUAUUGUUUAUGAUAAAUUAUGAUCCAAAAAAUAAAAUGCAAUAUCCAUAGCGACAGGGAUAUGCUGGUUGCAAUAACAAAAAUGCAAUGGUUCUUCGAUGCUAUAAUUGAUUGCAACAACUGUAUUUUAGUCUCCAUACAAGCUGUUGCCACCUAUAAUGACUGUUGCUAAAAUAGUUAAUAACCUCAAACUACACCUUGCGGCAAUAUCACUUGUUGCCCACAACUAUUUUCUGUUGCAACACUUCUUUUUGCCACCACUAUUUAGUGAUGCUAUAAUAGUUACAAACCUCGAACCAUACCUUGAUGCGAUUUCGCUUCUUGCUUCUACAAAUUUUAUGUUGCACCACUUAUUCUUGCAACCACUUGGUGCUGAUGCUACAAUCUUGACUAACCACGAACAAUA